ACUACAUGUGCUACGGUAGUGCACAGCCAUUCAAGCGGCGUGUUGUUGUAGCGGAAGACGACCUGACCUGUGCUGUUUGUCGAGAUCCUGCCAACCGGAGACGAACCCGGCUACAGAGGGCGACACGGCGGAUGGAAACAUGGAGUGUAUUCCAGUAACCAUUGAUGAUCUUGAGGGGAAAAAGGACCCAGUCCCAGAGGACCCAGAGCGCAAUGUGUACACCAGGUUUAUGAAGUCUCACCGGUGUUAUGACCUCGUACCUACCAGCUCCAAAUUGGUUGUUUUUGACACAUCGCUUCAGGUCAAGAAGGCAUUUUUUGCUCUUGUGUCCAAUGGGGUGAGAGCGGCGCCUCUGUGGGACAGCAAGAAGCAGUGCUUUGUCGGUAAGGGUGAUUAUCAGUCGGCACACUUUCACUCUGUAUCACACAAAAUCAAACUAAUGAAUGACUCCUCAUGCAUCUCCACAGGUAUGCUUACCAUCACAGACUUUAUUAACAUCCUUCAUCGCUACUACAAAUCUCCAUUGGUUCAGAUAUAUGAGUUGGAGGAGCACAAAAUCGAAACAUGGAGAGAGGUGUACCUACAAGACUCCUUCAAGCCCUUGGUUAGCAUAUCUCCCAAUGCGAGUUUGUACGACGCAGUUUCGUCCCUGCUGAAGAAUAAAAUCCACAGACUGCCUGUAAUCGACUCCCUCACAGGGAACACGCUCUAUAUCCUCACUCACAAGAGGAUUCUCAAGUUCCUGAAGCUUUUUAUAGCAGAGAUGCCAAAGCCGUCGUUCUUGAAACAAACCAUAGAGGAGCUGAAGAUCGGAACAUUCCAGAACAUAGCAGUGGUCCGUGCAGACACGCCGCUGUACACGGCGCUGGGUAUUUUUGUUGAGCAGCGAGUGUCGGCGCUCCCCGUCGUGGAUGACAAAGGUCGAGUGGUGGAUAUAUACUCAAAGUUCGAUGUUAUAAACCUGGCAGCAGAGAAGACUUACAACAACCUGGACGUGACGGUGACCAAAGCUCUGCAGCACCGCUCGCAGUACUUUGAAGGCGUGCUGACCUGCAACAGGCACGAGACCCUGGAGGCCAUCAUCAACAGACUGGUGGAGGCUGAGGUGCACAGGCUGGUCAUAGUGGACGAACAGGAGGUGGUGAAGGGAAUUGUCUCGCUUUCGGAUAUUCUCCAGGCACUAGUGCUUACUGAUGGAGAAGAGGGCACAGCUUGAGGAAGUAACCCACACGAGAGAAAGGCUCCACAGUUUUAAGCAAAGGGAGAAAGAGAACAGGCAGACGGCGUAUUGAAGCAUCAUCAUCCAUCUCCUGUAACCAGCUUUCGUAUACUCACACAUGAAGACUUCUCCCUCUCUGCAGAAAUAUGAAGUUUUAGCAAUCCAGCAAUACAAAAUCGUAAUAGCACAGGACACGCAAAAGUAAAAAAUUGAGCCAAAUUCGAAGCCAGAAGAGAGGAAGCACAAAAAGACGUCUGAGGAGGAGCUGUAGCCUCUCAGGAUGACCAGGCAUCAUUCCCGACUCUCUGCGGCUGUUAGUGCUGAUCCACGCAGAGGAGGACUUUUAAUUAUGAUUUUGAUUACAUAUGUAGUCUCGAUAACAUAAAUCAAAACUGAUUUAUUUACCUUUUUGUUGGCUUUUUUGAUAAUAAGGCUGACAUCUAGUUGCAUUUUUAAACACGGUGUAACUUUGUUAGAUCAACAUUCGGUAUGUUUUCUUGUUGUUCUGGUACGUUACACGCUUGACUGAGCCCUGUUCUUUAUACAUAGAAGUAGUCUGAUGUUCACCAGCUUAAAUAAUCGACUUAUUCCCCCGUUCAACCAUUAGUUUGAUUCUUUAAAUGCAGGUGGAGGGUAAAUCUAUAAAUCUAUAAAUCUAUUUUUCUUAUUUACCUUGAACACUCUUCCAAUUUGCAGUGCAUAUUGACGGGCCGUGGUUACUGAAGUGUUUAUCUGUGUGUAUGCUAUACAUACAAAACCAAGCUACGUGCUUGGCUUUGUGUGAACAUUGUAAAACUUAUUUAGCUUAAUUUAUCAUUCAAACACUACACCUUGGAGAUGGUCAGUAGUCUGUACUUGAAAUGAUUUCACAGAUGUUAAAAAUAAGAAAAGGCCUUGUCACCGUCAGACUAAAAAUUUAAAUCAGACAGGUUUCAGCUUCUGGACCUGGAAAUUUUAAGCCUGUUUUUAAAUGAGCAGAAAAAAAUAAGAUUCAUGUCAAAUUAUCAACAAUUAAAUCAAGUUUCCACCAUCAGCAGUGAGCGAAGAAUCCAAGGGCUCUGGUUUUUAUCUGUUGUGUAGCCCAGACAGCAAAGUAGCAAACCUGGACGAGCACUUUAUAGGCUCCCAACACAACCUCACUGGUGAAGUCUAGAACGCCCGUGGAUGAAAUCUGCCGUUAUUUGUGCGUUACUCUGUUUGAAUGCCCAAACUCUGGAUAUUUAUGGGUGUUUGUGUUAUGUAUAACAGAAAGUUUAACGGAUUGUACAUUUUACUUUAGAGACACCUUUUUUUUUUCUUCUGCCUGUUCUGUCGCCCACGCUCUGGGUUUAGGCAUUAUUAGUGUUAAAGGGAUUUGAAAAUCCAAAAAACAAAACAAAAAAAAAACAGAAAAGUGUUCCAUUACUUGAAAUGGUCAAAUCAGCAAUUCAGAUUUCUGUGGCGUAGUUCACCUUGUUUUAAUUCACAUUUCAGGACAUCGGAUUGUUAAAGGUUCAAUCAAUUGUUUCCAUUCGUUGUGUUUCAAGGAUAAAAAUCCACUUAACACCAGCAUUUUCCUCUAUUUUCAUGAAGUAGGUCAGGAACAUGUCAGAUCGUUUUGGUAUACAUCAAAUUGAAUGUGUAUAACUGUUUGUUAAAUGCAUAGAUUUUGUACUAAUCUGCAUUGAGAUUAUAAUUUAAAGGAUGAGCAAUAAAAAGUUCUUUGAGAUUC